AUGGCCUCAGAUGAAACAUCUCCAUUACCGGGACCGGAUAUGGCCAUGACACCUGGUGCUGCCCUGUCUCCUUUCACUGCACUUCCCUUUCCCUCACCCACUCCUGGCCCCCCGGACCCACCACCCUGGGACCCACCUCCACAGCCCCCUGUGCCUUCAGCAUUCUCUCCAGGAAAUCCACACCUGCUCUCUGCUUUCCCAGGCCCCGUGUUGAUGAUGGGGGAGGGGGGACCUGGCCCCCCUGGAGCGGGGGCUGGUAAGGUCACACUCACAGUCAAGACAGAAGGAGGAGCAGCUGAGUCUUCUCAAGCUCACAGCUUGGUCCUCACUCCCACCGCCUUCAACUGGAUUGCUGCAGGCACCCCCUGCUGGGGCCCCGUAGCUCCUCACUUGGUCAAAGCCUCUGCUGUGCAGACCAUUCUGCCCGCCAAGGCUGCUGCUCUGAGCCAGGAGGGAUCCCCAGCCCUUCCUCCUCAGGCUCCCCCAGCAGCUGCCCAUCUGGCACCCAUGGUACCCCUGGAAAAGGCUUGGCUGGGGUCCCAAGGGGCAGCUGGGGAAGGAGAGCCUGCUCUGGCCAGAUCGAAGCCCCCGCUGGGUGCCCUCUCCUAUACUUCCAAGGGCGUUUAUGAAAACUUCCGUCGCUGGCAGCGCUAUAAAGCCUUGGCAGGGAGGCACUUAUCCCAAAGUCCUGACACUGAAGCUCUUUCCUGCUUUCUGAUCCCAGUGCUUCGUUCCCUGGCCCGGCUGAAGCCCACUAUGACCUUGGAGGAGGGACUGCCCAGGGCUGUACAGGAGUGGGAGCGCACCAGCAACUUUGACCGGAUGAUCUUUUAUGAGAUGGCAGAAAAAUUCAUGGAGUUUGAGGCUGAAGAGCAGAUGCAGAACACACAGCUGCUGAAUGAGGCCCAGAGCCUGCCUCCUGCAGCCCCUCUGACAUGUGAUCUCCCAGGGCCCCCGGCCCCUGAGGUUUGCCAGCAGCCAGUAUACGUUCCCAAGAAGACCACCUCUAAGGCUCGGGCACCCCGGCGGCGGCAGCGUAAACCCCAGAAGCCUUCGGCUCCUGAGGCACCCAAGGAGAUCCCCCCAGAAGCUGUGAAAGAAUAUAUUGACAUCAUGGAAGGGCUACUGGGGAGUCACCCGACAUAUGAUCCUGGGGAGUCCAGUGGAACCUGGGAACAGGAAGAGGAGCGGCAGGAAGGGCCAGGGGAGGAUCCAGAUUCUGACUUCUUGAGCUAUAUCGAUGACCUGUGUUCUCAGGAGGUGUUUGUCUCCCAGGUGGAAGCCGUCAUUAACCCUCAAUUCCUGGAGGAUCUGUUAUCCCCGGAACAACAGAGGGAUCCCCUGGCCUUGCUGGAGGAGCUGGAAGAGGAGGAACAGCUCACUCUCUCACAGCUGGUUCAGAAGCGAAUCCUGGCCUUGGAAGAGGAGGAUGGGGAGGCGUUUCCAAGUAGCAGUGGUGCUCAAUCAGACUCCAGUGCUUCUGUUUCUGAUGAGGAGGAAGAUGUGGGUGGGCGGCAGCGGCCCUCACCUGGGCCUCGGGGGGUUGGGGGUGCUGUCCGUCUUGGGAAGGCUGCUGCUGCUGCUGCAGGAAAGCGGGCGAGAGAGGUGCAUGGUGGGCAGAAGCAAGCCCUUGAGGAACCAAGGGGGGUGCGCAGGGAUGGGACCACUCCGCUGUCCUCCAGCAGCUGGGACCUGCAGUUGCAACUUGCAGCUCCGAGGGGAGUUCAGGCACCCCUGGGCACAGAGAGAGAAGGGUCUGGAGGGGUUGGGAAUCAGCUCUCUGCACAUCCGGGUGACCACGUGGGAAGUGCUGGGAGGCCUGGGUAUGGCUUGAUGGCCAAUAAGACCUCAGAGGCUCUGCCUGGUUGUUGGCAGGAAGGACCCCAGCCUGAGAGAGCUCUUGGUUUUGAUGUUGGAUCCACAGAGCUGGCUCCUCUGCCUGAGCCCGGAUCAGAAAAGCAGGUGGGGGAGCUGCAGGAAGGACAGAUGGGGGCCCUUGGAGUGCUUGCUCAAGGGAAGAAGCUUCCAGAAGUGUCCCAGGGGAGCUCUUCCACAGUCAGGUGGGGAGCUGACCCAAGUCCUCUUGUGGUUCCAGGGCACAAUCAAAACCAUUCCCCAACAGUGGUGAGGGCUGGUGACAGGGCCCCCUUUAGCCUAGACCUGUGGCUGAAUAGUGACAUGGACAACAUAAGCCUGGAGUUGCCCUUACAAAUUGAAGAGGUCAUACAGAGCUUGCAGGAUGGGGCAUGUAUACCUGAGCUCCUGGGAAGCAGCCAGGCCCUAGGCUCCGAGAGCACAGCACCAGGGGAUAUGGGCAACGCUGCUGAUCCCUGUGGAGGCACAGAUGCCACCCCUGCCUUAGAGAAGGAAAAUGACUGCAACACCCCAGGACCCCUGCGGCAGGCCAAGAGCCCAGCUGUGAGGUCCGAAGAGGACAAAGCACAAAGCCCUGAGGCCCUUAAGGAUCCCAGUGGCUGCUGGCCUGAAGGUUGCUCCCCACUGCUGGCCAGCACAGCUCUUGUCUCCAGCCUGGGGUCUUCGGUGCCUGCAGGCCCAGACGGCUUCCCUUUGGAGACCCCGGAGGCCUCCCUCCCCAGGGCCUGCCAAGUGACAGGGGACCUGCUAGACACCACAGACCAGGUCGACAAACUAGAUAUUAGAAGUGACUGUGGCCUCCAGCAGGGGCUCAGUAAAGCUACCUGCCCCCCAUGUGUCAUCCUUAAAGAAGCCCAAGGAGAGGGCAGGGAAGAUCUUGCUCCUUUGCAAGAGAAUCCAGAGCUUCACGCAGCUGAGGCUUCCAACGUCACAUCUCCCCAGGGCCUCGCAGGCACUGCCCCCAAGUGGGGACACCCAGCUGCCCCUCCUGUUAGUCAAAAACACAGCUCACACGGGGCCAGAGGAAAGAAGAAAGAGAAGAGGAGGCAGCAGAGGAAGGAACUGGAUGAGGAAGAUGAAGAACUUACUCACUUUGCCAACCUUCUGGCCUGUAAACUUAGCUUAGAGCCCAGGGUCCCUGAGCUCAGCCCUCAGCCCACCUCAGGAGGUCAGGGCGUCCAGAAAGCACGUGCACCUCCCUCGGCAGAGGCUAAAGGCCUUGGGAAGCCCGUCUAUUCAGCUGCCAAGUCUGGCAAGCGAGUUCUGGUUGGAGGUUCAGCCCCUACUGAAAAGAGAGCCUGCUCAGACACACAUCUUGGGGCCUCUGGGGAGGAACCCUCAGCCUUGGGAGUAGUUCCAGCGUCACAGCCGCGUAAGAGGCGGCGUGACGGUUUUGUCACGGGCAGGAGGAAGAAGCGCCGCCGCAGCCAGUAG